GAUGUCCCAACAGCCCCAACUCAAAUACUGCAAAUCUACAAAAGCAUGUGUGCAGUCUGUGCACCUGGGAUCUUUCUGUCCAGUGGGAAAGUUCCACUGUGGAUUGUACUUCUUUUCAUUUGCAUUGGAAAAAUUAAUGCAGGUGACUCAGAGAGAGUUGUUGGAAAAGUUGGAAAUCCGUUUUUUCUACACCCAACAAAGCUUCACGGAAAUUUCUAUGAAGUGAGAUGGAAAACUCAACACAGACCUGUAGGAAAAUUAAUAAAUGGUCGUUUGCAAUGUGAAAGUCGAUGCAAGAUUUUUCCCAACGGCUCUUUAACAAUGAUCAGUACGAACAAGAAUGAUGCUGGGAUUUAUACAAUGGAUUUAUUUAACAAAGAUGGAAAUAAUAUAGCUGCAAGAACAAUUCGGCUCAUAGUUCAAGAUGACAUCUCCACGCCACUCGUGCACUCUUCCUGUACGGUCGGUGGGUGGGUUAAACUGACCUGCUCCCUGCAGACUUGGGACCAGGUUACCAUUCGCUGGACCGUUUCGCCCAAUUACACACUGGAUAACGCCAUGGCCGACAAACACAGUCUCUAUCUGCAGUGGCAAACGCCAGGGCACGUGGUCUGUGUGGCAAGCAAUGAGGUCAGCCAAAAUUCCAGUCUGCCCAUCAGCAGGACCUGCAGGGCUCGCCUUGCACCACUAAUGGCUCUGGGACUAUUCCUGGCUCUGCCAGUGCUGGCCAUCGCCAUACUGGUGCUGAAGAAAAAACACACACAUGUGUCCAGGAAAGAUGCAGAAAACUUUUAUGUUGUAAUGCACAAGAAAACUGCUCCUCCUCCUGUACACGGCAGCUCCAAACAUGAUGCAGAAAAUUGCUAUGUUGUAAUGCACAAGAAAACUGCUCCUCCUCCUGUACACAGCAGCUCCAAACAAGAUGCAGAAAAUUGCUAUGUUGUAAUGCACAAGAAAACUGCUUCUCCUCCUGACCAAGAUGUCUCUGAUUAUGGAUGCAAAUGAACACACGCUGGAGCUGGAACCAGAGACUGGAUGUGUGUGUGUUGUGAAAAGUGUGUGUGCGUGUGUGUGAGAUUUGAAGGCUGAACAUUCACAGGACAUGAGUGCUGGGGUGUGGAGCUCCCAAAAUAUUUGUGUUUAUGUUUAGGGCCUGUAACUACACCUGAGUAAUGAGCUUCUGUUGACAAAUCAGAACAGAGGCUUCAAACGGGGUUCUGGAGCUCUAAACACCGUAUGUGUGUGAAACUGUGUGUGAAAAUACUGUAUUUUCAGAGUACACUGUAAUUAAGAUGGUGAAAUAUGUUAAUAUACUGUCAGAUUGCAUCAUUGUACCUCUAACUGGCUGAAUCGCCAAUUAACAAACAGCAACAUGUAUAAUUCUCAUCUGUGUUAUGUGUAUAUAGUUUUAAUUCAAUUAAUAUAACAUUAAUUGAAUUAAUUAAUGCCUGAUGACAGAACACCUUACUGCAGCUUCAUCAGAUAUCAGAUAUUAAUUUAUUCUUACCAAGCAACAUAAUAAUAACAAUUCAGAAUGCAGCUUGAUAUUGUACCAAAAAAUUAACCAUGUAUUCAAAGGACUGUGACUGACAAGGGCCCUAAUGGACAGGGGCCAUGAUUGUCAGGGAUGGGGUGGGCUGAGGUGGACUAGCUAGCUAUUUUAUUGGGCCUGAAAUCUCUGGCGAUAAUUGUCCUGUCUCCCUUUGGAAAUGUUUUUGGAGCAAU